AUGCAACCCAAAAGCAAUUCUUUAGUACUGGUGUUCUUCCUUCUGUUGUUAGAAACAUCUCUUCUCAACAACGUAGAAUCCAAGUGUCUCCAAGGUUGUCCUUUAGCUUUAGCAUCCUACUACGCUUAUAAGAACAAUCUAGGUAACAUAACCAAGUUUCUGAGAUCAGAUCUUGUGUCAGAUUUUGGAGUUGUUUCCAGCUACAACGAAGGAAAAGUAUCCAACAAUGGAAUGUACGUUCAAUCCUUAACGAGAAUCAACAUUCCUUUCCCCUGUGAUUGUAUCAAUAAUGGGGAUUUUCUGGGUCAUGUGUUCGAGUACACAAUAGCAGAAGGAGAUACUUACGAUUCCAUUGCGACACAAACAUAUUCUUCGUUGACCACAGUGGAUUUACUGAGAAGAUUCAAUAGUUAUAAGGAUCCAAAUCAGCUUCCUCUCAAUGGGAAGCUUAAUGUCACAGUGAAUUGUUCUUGUGGGGACAGACAGAUUUCUAAGGAUUAUGGAUUGUUUCUUACUUAUCCACUUAGAUUUGGAGAUAGCUUGGAAUCCAUUGUGGACCAGACUGGUAUUGAUGCAACGUUGCUUCAGAAAUACAAUCUUCGUGUGAAUUUCAGCCAGGAGAGUGGAGUGGUUUUUAUUCCAGGAAGAGAUCAGAAUGGAAAUUACGUGCCCCUGGACCCUAGGUCAAGAGGUCUAAGUGAGGUUGCCAUUGCUGGAAUUUGUGUUGGAGCAACAUUUGUGUUUCUAUUAUUAUCAGCUUAUGUAUUUGUUAAACACUUCCGAAGAAAGACCGCCAAAGUUGCAUUGAUCACAGAAAAUUCUACAGAUCUUUCAUCAAAUCAAGACGGUAUGAUCAUUACAUCUACCAAUUACGAAACUUCAGGAUCUAGUGGAUCUGCUAGUGCCACUGGUCUUAGAGGCAUCAUGGUUGGGAAGUCCAUGGAGUUCUCAUAUCAAGAAAUAGCCAAAGCUACCAAUAACUUCAGCUCUGAUAACAAGAUUGGUCAAGGAGGUUUCGGAGCAGUAUAUUAUGCCGAGCUGAGAGGCGAGAAAACUGCAAUCAAGAAGAUGGAUAUAGAAGCAUCACAAGAGUUUCUUGCUGAGUUGAAGGUUUUAACGCAUGUUCAUCAUUUGAAUCUGGUGCGGUUGAUCGGAUAUUGCGUGGAGGGAUCGCUUUUCCUUGUUUAUGAAUACAUUAACAAUGGAAACUUAAGCCAGCAUUUACGUUCCUCAGAGUUAGAUGCAUUGCCAUGGUGUACAAGGGUGCAAAUAGCUCUGGAUUCAGCAAGAGGUCUUGAAUAUAUUCAUGAACACACAGUGCCUGUAUAUAUUCAUCGUGACGUUAAGUCUUUGAACAUAUUAAUUGACGAAAGCUUCCAUGCUAAGGUGGCAGAUUUUGGGUUAAGCAAACUCAUUGAAGUUGGAAAUGCCUCGCUUAACACACGUCUUGUGGGAACAUUUGGAUAUAUGUCUCCAGAGUAUGCUCAAUAUGGAAUAACAUCUCCAAAAAUAGAUGUGUAUGCUUUUGGAGUGGUACUUUAUGAACUCAUUUCUGCUAAGAAUGCUGUCCUCAAGACUGGUGAAUUUGUUGCUGAAUCAAAAGGUCUUGUUGCUCUGUUUGAGAAAUCUCUUGGUAGGCCUGAUGCUGUUGAAGACCUUCGCAAGCUUGUGGAUCCUAGACUUGGCCAAAACUACCCCAUUGAUUCAGUUUUUAAGAUGGCACAACUUGCUAGAGCUUGCACACAAGAUGAUCCACAGCUACGUCCCACAAUGAGAUCAAUUGUGGUGGCUCUCAUGACACUUUCAUCUAACGCUGAUGAUGAGGAUUGUGACGUUGGCUCUGCCUUCUCUGAUAAUCACACCAUCAUAAAUCUCCUCUCUGGAAGAUAA